AUGAGGCCACCUUUUCUACUGUCAUCGGCCCUUUUCACUUUUGUAAGAAAUACCCCAAAGUUCCAGCGUGUGCUCCAACGUCUUCCCCGGCAGUUUUCAACAUUGCCAAAGCAUGCCAUGUCCACCCCUCGCGAGGCUCCAGGUUCCCAGUACGAGUAUAUUGACGACAGUGUGGAAUUAUUAGAACGAUACCUGCCAGGGGGGUAUCAUCCGAUAUCAAUUGGAGACCUACUGAACAACCGCUAUCGCGUUGUUCACAAGCUCGGCCAUGGAACAUUCUCUACGAUCUGGCUUGCUCACGACAAACAGAAAGCUGCAUAUGUAGCUGUCAAAGUGAGCACAGCAGAUUCAACCCCUAGGGAGGCUGAUGUUUUGUGUACCAUUGCCAGCUCGUCUUCCCACCCUGACCACCCAGGCCGGGCCAUGAUCCCUAGGAUCCAGGACCAGUUCGAGCUCCAGGGCCCAAACGGACGUCAUCUAUGCUAUGUUACAGCUCCAGCACGGUGCAGUGUAGCCGCUGCGAAUUUCUGCCGUCUCUUUGCUGUUGAGACUGCGCGGUCGCUCGCUACCCAAUUGGUGUUGGCUGUUGCAUAUAUCCAUGGCCAGGGGUUUGUUCACGGAGACAUUCACCUGGGAAACGUUCUGAUUCGGCUGCCAUCUAGUCUUGAUCAGCUCUCUGUUGACCAACUGUACGAGAAGUUCAAGACGCCUCUCGUAGAGCCGGUUGUGCGGCACGAUAAGCAACCGCUUCCCGCUGGAGUCCCGUCUCACGCAACCCUCCCUGUCUGGUUAGGAAAAAGGGCAAACGAAAUUUUGCCCACUGAAGCUCAUCUAAUCCUAAGCGACUUUGGUGAGGCCUUCUCACCAUCUGAUCCCCACCAACGGAAGCUGGGUGAGCAAUGUCGAUCACCUGCUGCCUUCUUACCACCGGAAGCGCACUUUGAACCAGAGAAACCGAUCUCCUUUCCUUGCGAUAUCUGGACGCUUGCAUGCGCCAUAUGGUCUAUUCUGGGUUCCCGCGAUCUUUUUGAAAGUAUGCUGGCUACAAGCGAUGAUAUCUCCAAGCAGCAGAUGGACAUUCUUGGACCGUUGCCACUCGAGUGGUGGACUGCAUGGGAGGCCCGUCCUAGAUAUUUUGACGAAGGAGGCCAACCAAAUGAAGGCCGGUUUGUCUACCCUUCUAUAGAGCAUCAGUUUGAGCGGUUCAUACAAAAACGUCGGCAGGGGGAUAGGAUGGGUGAAUUCGAUGCCGAGGAGGCACGGGCAUUGCUUGACAUGAUCCGUCCCAUGCUAGCAUUUAAACCAGAGCAGCGGGCAACGAUAGAGAUGGUCCUCGCUUCAGACUGGAUGAUCAAAUGGGGGUUGCCAGAGUUUCAGAAGCUACAACCUGUUAACUAG